CAAGUUUUAAACGCGGAACCGACGUUGCCAAGUGCACACGUGAAGCGGGUGAAUACUUCGAACCAAGGCGAGGAAAAUAUUUUCCAGAGGUACAUCUCUAGGAACGCAAUGUUUACGUAGUGACAUAAAACAGACUGACGGAAUUAAUUGUGCAUCAGUUGUUCUUUGUUUUUGUCGGGCUGUGUUGCAUUCGUAGUGUGUUUUCAUUUUGCGUUUGCAAAGACACGUCGACGCUGUAAAAGCAAUUGAAAAUCCGAUGGUUUUGCGACCAGCUCUCGGUUGAAUUGGAUUCAGUGCCAUCGGUGAACGCGUUGGUGCCGGUUAUACGAAGCGGUCAGGUUAAAGUGUGCCACUUGGUUGUCUAUAGCACUAAACGCUUAACAUAGUUCAUAAUAUGAACAUAUGUAUAAUCAGAUAUUUAGAAAUUACAAGUUCUAUAUUGCAGAGUGCAAAUUGUGAGAAACGAGGGAAAGAAAGUUUGUGCCCUCAGUCUUUUGUGUUGGUGCUUCUUAAGGGUGCCCUUCGCCGCAUGAGCGUCUGCGCCAGUGAUUCGCAUUUGCCUGUUUACAUCAGUUUAAGUGUAAACAAACCAAAUAUUUAGUAAAACUGUAACUGAGUAACAACUACUUAUAAUGAAUAUUGCCGCAUACAUUCGUAUAUACAUAUGUAUGAAUGAUUGAAAACCUUUCACAACACAUGUAAGUGCAGCUGUUUUAAUAUUGAAACAAAUGCGGUGUUCAUAACAAAAAGCUGGGCAGAAACAAAAAAAGCAGAAAGGCAAAUAGAGCAAUGAAAGAACGAAAUAAUUGAGACUAGAAUUAACAGACAAAAAAAUUAAAUUAUGGGUCAAGGUGUCUUCAGAACUUUGAAAUGAAAUAUAAAUUAAAUUUAACUAAGUGAAUACUUAAAACCGAUCAUCUUUUUUGGUAAACGGAAGCAUAAUAAUAAAAGAUAUUGUUAUAUAUGCAUGCAUGUAUGUAUGUACAUACAUAUGUAAAUGAAAAUUAUUUACCGUGAAGUGAAAGUGGGAUCCAUAACAGAACCACAGCUGAAAAUUGCGUUAUAGUGAAGUGUUGCCGACAAAAACAUUCGCACGUGUUUGCCCGAUACAUUGCAGACCUUCAAAAUAGAAAUACAUAUACCAAAGCAAAAAAACACACCGCCACUCAACAAAAUCAACUAGCUCAUUGCUCGACUCGCCCUUUCCGCUGAAAACAUUUCAAUUCAAUUUUGCGUUGUUGACGUGCUCCGGGCGAACUGAAGAAGGAUAGAAAGCAGCUGCAGCUGUUUCACUGUGUCAUCCAACUGGCUGCCGGACAAAACAAAGCGAAACUAGCAAAUACACAAAUAUCCGCCACUGCUCGGUGUCAUAUUUUGUUAAUUUGGCACAUUUUUCUGGUAAAACGGAUUUCAGAGCCUUGUUGGAUGAAAUAUUACAUUUAAGUGCGAGAUGGCUCUUGACGGCAAAGCAAUAAUUAAAGAGGAAAUUACAGACAAGGACGCUUAUGAGGCUGCUACAACUAAUAACUCUAGUCGACGGAAUAAAGCAAACUCCUCCUCGAACUCCACAUCCGGCAAAGACUCAAGUAAUAGCAAUAACUCGCAUUCGAACGGCUGUACUGGUGUGGGUAGUGCAAGUGGGGCUUGUAACUCUAGUUCGAACAACACGAAUCCGAACGGCAACGGUGCGCGCACCUGCCGGACCCCUGAUUCACCGGAGAGUGCCCGUGCUAUUGCGCCACGCUCACCUAUGUCGCCACAACUCCAUCACUCUAGUUUAGCGCCACCACCGCCACGCCCAAAUCGUAAUGCCAGCGCGUCGCCGGUCGUGAAUGGAGCCAUCACCACAACGACACCCCCUCCUCUACCCACUCCACCCUCGCAGGCCGCAUUGGCAGCGGCUGCUGCUGCUGCAACUGCAGCGGCAGUACACGCCGAACAGUCGCGUCUUCUAGGUAAAAUACGCAAGUUCCUCGGUUCUCUAGUGCAGUUGGCGCAGGAGGUUCAUCCGGAAGUGAGCGAUCGUGUGCGCGCCCUAGUGCUAUCUUUGGUCAGUAGCAGCAUAAGUAUUGACGAGUUUCGUCAAACGCUCCAAGAGACCAUUAACUUACCACUGCGUCCAUACGUCAUUCCAUUGCUCAAAAAUCAUAUUUCGCUGCUACAACGCGAGAUCGCCGAACUGGCACGCGUCACAAAUCAGACACCACUACAAUACGUCACUAGCAAUGAGAAUGUUGUAAUGGAGUUCUCUCCACACGGACCUUCAGCCGAAUAUAGUGACAUGUUUGUUCACAUGGAUUCCGCACAGGCUGCAGCGGCGGCUGCUGUAGCGCAAGCUGCGGCUUCAAAUGCUGCAAGCACCACCAGCCUCGUUUUUAAGCGACGAGCUUCGGACACUUUGAUGGAGCAUCAUAAUGGAGUACAAGACUGGAAUGAUUAUUUGGCCGCCUAUCCGCCUGCAAAGCGCGCUUUGCAUGCUCACUCUGCUCACAUAAGUGCAGCAUCUACUGAAGCACGGCUAUCAUUUGCCACUCAACCGACGAUUUUCGAUUACUCAUCUGCGACCGGCAACGCGUCAGCGGUCACUCACUCGGAAAACACUUUCAACAGUCUAAUGGAGAAGGCAAAUCACCGAGAAGAGCGGGACCUACGUGUCAACACUGGUUCCGACCCUGCCUCGCAGCGACAUCCCCCACGCACCGGCCCCCCAACUUCCAGUGGCAGUGGGACCGGUGGUGGUAGUAGCAGUGCGACUCUCGGCGGGGAGGAGGAAUGGAAGAACAUACACACUAUGCUCAAUUGUAUAUCAGCAAUGGUCGAUAAAACCAAACGGGCCAUAACUAUAUUGCAGCAGCGUGGUGUUGAGCCUCAGCAGCCCAACUACAGUGAGCUGACUCCGGCAUCGCUGGUCGAAAUUCGUCGCCAAACGGAAGAGAAAGUAGCCGAGUUCAAACGCAAUGCCGAAGAAGCAGUCAACCAAGUGAAGCGUCAAGCAGUGAUCGAGAUACAACGCGCUGUUGUGGCAGCUGAAACACGCGCAUCCGAAGUGAUGGCCCAGGAGCGCCUGCGCAUGGAAAAGUUCUUUGUGGAGAUGAGUCGCCACUCAAGUGUAGUUCACAGCUCAAAUGCAGCAGUAGCAGGAGUAGCAGUGACAGCAGUUUCAGGCGAUCGUGAGUUGGACAACAAGUCGCCCUCAAUAACAGCUGGACAAAACGCUUGCUGGAACUGUGGGCGCAAAGCAACUGAAACCUGUUCCGGAUGUAAUUUAGCGCGUUAUUGCGGUGCAUUUUGCCAACACAAGGAUUGGGAACAUCACCAUCAGAUUUGUGGUACAACGAGAUCCACUGAUCUCUCCACCAAACAUAGUGUAUCACAGGGGAUUCCACUCUCAGCUACCAUGCGAGGGCCCAUCUCCAGAUCCCCGCCCAACCAAACCCAAGCACCACAGCCAACGGCGCAGGUGCCACAACCACAAAACUCGGGUAGUGGUGGCGUCGCGCCACCUAGUUCCCUGGUAGCGAAUGGAGUCGGCUCCAAAUGACGCAUUCGCACGAUGAAGCCGAAGAAAAAGUACUUGUGCUAGUCAAUUUAAACUAAAAAUUAUAUAUAAAUUAACUAGAUUAAACUCCAGCAUACCCAAAUCUUUAAAAAUCUCUGCAUAUGUAUAAAAGUGAGAAGGUAUGAAGAAGGAUGUUCUAAAAGCUCAAAAGGAAAAAUUUUAAUAGUACCAGCACAACAAUAUCAAAAACAUAAUCAAAAUAGAUUUAAAAACUUAUAGAAACCCGUAAAAUUAAAAAUAAUAGGUAAAUAUAAUGUUUCAAAGUAAACGAUUGCAGUCUUCAAUUUUUAAAUGUUAUUCAAACAUUUAUGCACAGGCUAUCGAGCUAUGUCAGGAUGCACCCAUAGAGAAACGUAGGAAUUAUUUUAAUUUCCGCGAUUUUAAAUUU